AUGGACUCAACUAUAGAAAGAAAACGAGAGGCAAUGUUGCAACGGUUGGCAAGCCGAAACGAAAAACGCACGCUUGAAGCUGCGGCUGCCAAGGAAACCACCAAGAAAAUCGAUCUUCGAGCCACGGAAAAGGCGUUUUUGGAAUCCAGUCCCACCUCCAUCAAUCUGAAAACUCCCGUCAAUCCACCAUCAAAUUACACAAUUUCCACUCCAUGUUCUUCAUCGCCGAUCCUUUCAUUCGACGAAAAAGCGGAGAAGCAAAUGGUAGCACUUGCCACAUGGACCAACACAAUGAUCGGGCUAGAUAGUACGGAGGAGUUAGAUUUAGGCGCGACUGCCGCUGAAGCAUGUCGUCGAAUUCAGAAAAUGUUGGGUAGAAAAAAUGAGGCAUCGGAGGCGGAUAGAGUUCAUCAGGCCGCUCGACAAAGAUAUCAGCGAAUUUUUGAGAAAAAUGACCCGGAUGUGAUGAGAAAAAAGUGUAAAAAACUGCUGGACGAUUCGGGGAUUGAGGAAAGCAUCAGAGAUAUGCUAUCGAAAAAUCAAAUCACAAUAAGGAAUGAGCAUUCGGUGUUUAACGAUUUAGCUCUCCAGACAAAUCUUCUUCGCACGUUCCUCUGCUUUCACCCCGCUUGGCUCAAAGUGACAAUAGAAGCGAUUUUCGGAGCUCGAAUCGAUGCCCAACCGAAGUACAUGAUUCGUGCAUUGUCCCAGUUUUUCAUCGAACGCGUAUUUUCGAAUCCAAGCAUGCUCAAGAACAAAAAGUUUGCUCAAGGAUCUGGCAAGCCAAUCAUCACCAAACAAGGCAGGGAGGCUCUUCAUCGUCAUUUUCUUGAAACCACAAUGAAGCUGAUGUUUUUGAUUGAGACGGCAAAUGCGCAUCGAGUGAUUCCAAAUCUGACAAGAAUUUUCACUAAAUCUUCUCAAUACAAAUGUUUGGAUGAUAUGUUCAGUGGACUCACGAAAGAGUUGCUUACUGGAAGCUCGCUGACAUUUAAAAAGGCUUUUGCCAAAAUUGGAUUCACUCCAUCAUACAAACAGUCUUUCUUCGAUAAUUACGACUAUCAAGCCAAAGGAUUCGCAGAUUACUCUGAUGGAAUCAUCUUGGCAAAGCUCAUUGAGUCUGUGGGAGAGUUACCGCACGGCGAACUACUCCUAAAGCUCCGUGAUCCCGCUGGUGACCGUAUUCGGAAGAUCAACAACGUAAAAAUCGUACUUCAAGAAAUGACAUCUAUCGGAAUUCCCACUGAAGAUGUGACACCGACAGCGAUUGUUGGUGGAACGAAAGACGCAAUCUUGGCUAUUCUCUGGUCGAUUGUUGGCGUUCGAGUAGCCAGAGAGAAACGAGUGAAGAUUUCCAGAGCUGUUGACGAGACACCGAAAAAGAAGCGGCGUUCUGCUGUACAUGAUAACAUGUCCUCCGAUGUAUUGAAGACGUGCAAGUUAUACGGAAGGCAACUGGAGCAGGAAGUGUUGGAUUUGGAUUCGUUAACCGACGGUAUCCUUUUGGAUAAAAUUUGGAAAUCGUGCAUACCAAACGCAACACCAAUUAGUGCGUAUUCUGGCGAUUCUCUUUGGGAGAAGGUAGUGUCGAUGGCCGAAUUGGAAUUAGGAAUUAAUCGUGGGCUAGAUCAAAGCAUAGCACUUUUCGUGAAGAUGUUCCUAGACCGCAUGCAAACUGUUAAAAUGUAUCAUGAAAAAGCAGCAAUCAUUCAGAAACAGUGGAAGCUAUAUUUGGAGAGAAAGAAUAUACCGAAGCUCUUCUUCAUCGUUCAACAAGUGCUCGUUAACCAUCGUCAGCAACGAUGCAUUUCUCCAGCUACCACCAUUGAUAAUGCCACAUUUGUGAUUCAAAACACACCAGGGAUUCUUACGGAAAGACCAUCGUUGUCGCAACUGCCAUGCACUCCCCGGUCGAUGAAUUCCACACUGAACGACGCUACUUUUACAUUAUCCAGAGAUUCAUUACAGUAUCCAGAGAUUGAUACCCUUUCGAACUGCUUCAAACAACCAAAAACGCCUUUACGUGGAACAUUCACUCGUCAUACCAUAUCAAAGCAUCUUAAUGAAGUUAUUGAGGAAGAGGAAGGAUCCGAAAAUGACGAGACGGUGGUACCGAGCACUCUGAAAAAGAGAUUCCGCGUUGAUUUACUUACAACUCAACAAAAGACUACGGUGUUCCAAGAAGAGAAUGCAGGAAUUAUUGAAUGUGAAGAAACGAGUUAUUCUCGAGAAAUUCAUACAGUUGCUUCGGUACGUGUUCAUAAUUCAGAAGAAGUGUAUGCCGGAGAAUCACCAGAAAUUGAUGGGAAAGGCAUUGAAACUUUGAACAUUUCUUCUGAUGACGUUCAAAAUGCGGACUGUGAAGAAGUCAUUGAAGACCUCGAAGCUUCUUCUGAAUCGAUAACUCCAGAUAAAAAUAAUGAAGAGGCAUCGGAAGAUCACGAAAAUGCACAUGGUCCUGUAGAAAUCUCUCCUGAAGAUGUCAACGUUUUAAAAAAUGAUUUCACACCGGAAGUACUUGAAAACGAUAUAGUUGCUGAUGAAGUGAGCACCGAAGCAAACAUCGAGCCUCAAGAGAAUGUUCCCGCUACUCUCCCAAUGGAUCAUACCCAGCCGACUUCUUCCCAAAGUACAUCAUCAUCCCUCGUGGACUACGAGAUGACAGAGGAGCAAAAGAAAAGCGAAGCAAUGUUCCGCGAGAUGAUUGAAAAUCAGAAACGCUACGUUCUAAACAAUCAGUUGAAUCUGGUGAUCCCGGAUCAAAGCGACACGGCGAGCACACCUGAAUUGAGGAAGAUUCUUCGAGAGACACGAGAGCUGAAACGAAAGCAAGAAGAAGUUGCAAAACGAUUGGGCGCCAUUGAGAGAAAAGCGUUAGCAGAAAAGGAAAACGCAUUCAUCGAAUAUUCUACAACAGAUGAAAUCCAUAUGAAUGAAAACGAUGUAAAUGAUAGACCAGAUGCUGGGCUCGAUAACGCCGUAAUUCAGCAUGACAGCGUUUCUGGAAGCUUGGAUCAGCUAGAAAGAAGUGCGGAUUUACUCCGUUCCACAUCACCGACAGGAAUUUUUGAGAAACUCAACAACGAUGAUGACGCUGAAAAAUUGGCAAAAAAGGCUUUAGAAGAGCUACAAACAAAGCAGCGUAAAUCAGCUGUUACGAUCCAAAAAGUGGUGCGUGGAUUCCUGGCAAGACGUCGAUUUGCAACAGAGAUUCGAGAUUGGCGCGAAAAAAUGGUAGCCUACAAUAUGAUACUGGCUCAAGAAAACGAGCAAUUGGACGAGGAUAAUAGUCAAAAGGACGAAACGAAAGGCAACAGUUCUGCCGAGAGAAAACUUCGGAAAUGCACUCGUCGACUAAUCCACGACAAUCUACACAUCGUUCUCCUCGCGGCUACCGUCAUUGACCGUCUCACAAAUUUAGUUCCAUCACUUCUUGACACAUUUGUUAUUGAGCUGAACGGAAUAAAGCCAAUUUACGAGAUUCUCGCUGUAGCCGACCAGGGAUUCGCCUACACCAGCAUUCUAUCUCCAUUGCUCAAAAUUCUUCAAAAAUCUCUGUUGAACGUUCCCGAAGAGACUUCAAACCCAAUUAUUCGUCCACUUCUUCAAAAAUUGUCUCCCAGAUUGGUUCUUCUGAUGUGCAAACACUGCCAAAACCAGGAGUUCUUUACACCAAUCGUUACAUCGCUAAUUUCGAUUGCACGACGAUUCCCACACAAAAAGGAUUCGUUUAUUGAAGCCGAUUAUGCCAUUCGCCAGACAAUGAAGAAAGUUUUGGAUAAAGACGGACGUAACUACUUGACAACGCUUCAAAAUGUUUCCGAAUAG